CAAAUCUUCAAUCAAAGACCACUAACGCAUGAUCUGGACAAGCGAUGGCGCCAGUGCUUACAGCACGACAAUCUAAUGGCUUUGAGCCACCGCCGUCAUCCAUGCUGGCCACUCAUGUGGUACAUGCCCAUGGUGUGCCAGACCUGGACCGAGACAAUUUCCAGCAACUUUUGACAGAAGUGCUGAGCACAGAUGAACAAGGCCAACCCAAUCUUGGUACGGACAUUGCAGUCAACCACAAAUUGAUUUGUAUCAUAUUUCAGGUUGGUAUCGAACCGAGCCUGGCUGAGGAUCCUUUCAAGCCUUCCAAAGGAUCAGGUAGGGCAGAUUCUCAGAUGAAAAGUUGCCUCGAAGUGAUUAAACUGGCAAUUGAAAAGUCGCCCCAGGUUCUGUUCGUCAAGUCUGAUCCUCAGGGUCGAGAUAAGUCCGACGAUUCUCUGCCACUUUACUUCUGGCUCAUCUCUCAUCUUCUCCCGCUGUUGGCCUCCGCUUCGAGCGUUGGGGUACGCGAUGAUAUCUUGGGUCUUAUCAAAUCCAUGGUCACAAGUGACAGAAGCAGCUCUCCAGCUCAAACCUCCGAAGUCGUAUUAGAUUUCGUCCGCGCUUGCAUUUCUGCUAUUCUUGAGAUCACAUUAUCUUCACAACAGCUUUCUGCUGCUCACAAACCAAUCGUUGUCGAUGCCGAAGAUUUUGCCUCCUCCUUCUCGAAUCUUUUUAGAGGAGUUCCCCACCACUCGAUCAGCCUUACAUUCCCCGAUUCUUGCCGGUUGCUUCUUGCCUUGAGCCAUGUCCUAAAAAUCGUUGCUGAGACUUGUGAUUCCCGCCUCAGCAAAAUUCAAUAUAGAAAGGUUGCCUUGAAACUACACCAAGCCUUUGAAGACACGGUGAGAACUGAGGUUUCAAAUCCUGAAGCAGAGAUUCUCAAUGCAGAAAUGCAAUCACUAAGUCUACGAUUGUCCAUCCCGGGUUCUUGGUCUAGGUUUCCUCAAGUCCCUAUCUCGGAACCGAUCGUCUGGCCAGACAGCGAGCGGUCACGAAAGCGCAUGCGACUCUCCACUGAUGCAGAUGAUGAACGCACGGCUGAAACUUUUCGCCAAAGUCUAUGUCGACAGCUGACCAUAGCGCUGACUGGUCGCGCAACAAAUGACCUUGUUGGCCUCAGUCAGAUGGCUCCCGCAGGUUUCAAGCGUUUGAGCGAAGAGGAGCAAUGUCGAGCACUCGAUAUGCUGGGUCUCGUGUCUUGCAGCUGCGCUGCAAAUCUGCAUAUAUCACGCUGCAACUUAUGCGAUGAUGACGAGAUCACCGCAAAUAGGAAACUGCAAGACCACUCUUCUAUGGAGACCGAAUUGUUAGACACACUGGUUGCGAUCCUCCAGAACAUAUCACGCCAGUCAAAAGCGAGAGUGGUAGCGAUGACCGCUCUAAGGAGACUAAUUAUGCACUCGUUGUCAAGUACUCAAGUAAAGCUUGCGCAAACUGCUACCGGCGAUUGGUGUCUGCAAUCACUCAGAAGCUCAUCCAGGGAUUUGCGUGUUGCUGCAACGAGGACCCUCCAGGCUUACGUCGUGCAAAAGCGGUCCGUCGAUAUUUCUUUGAUCCGAGAAAACCGCAUCGCUGCACUCGACUUUCUCCACACUCUUUGGGAGAGAAGCGAGGCCUCCUUGCAAGAAACGUCAAUUUUAGCCCUGACUUCAAUGGCUCGAGUUGUUGGUGACGAGGAGCUAAACAUCAUUCUGGUCAGACUGGUCGAGUAUCUCGGCCACAAUAAUCCCUAUAUCAGCGGUCUUGUAUAUGCGGAAAUUCAGCAGCUCGCUCAGUCAAUCCAGACUAAUGUCUGGCCUUUGUUCCGCCCGUUUUGGAGAACACUGGGUGUUGUGUUUGCGAAAUCGCUGUCAACGCGCCCAAACGUUGGCAGCCAACUCUGCGACUUACUGGGAAUGGACAUGACUGGGUUGAUGAGCCACACAGCUCAGUAUGCACUGCCAUACUUGGUUUUGCACAAGGACCACGAGAGUAUUCGACGCUUCGCUGAAGCAAGUGGACCCUCAACAUCUAUCUUUGACCUUUGCACGCAGAUACAGAACCUGAGAGCAAUUCUUUCAUUUCUGCUCGUGCAACCAUUUGUCAAUGUGGAAGAGUCGAUUCUUCGCACCUUGACCGAAGUUUCCGACGAGUUUGGUAAGACAGACCUCGCCGAGUGGGUCACCCUUGACUCUAUACACAUCGCAUGUGAACUCCUCAAAGCGAUAGGCGACAGUGGGCAGGGCAAAUCCUCGCGAAUCUAUGUAGCCUUACAAGUGCUCGCUCAAUUGGUGGCUCGUCAACGUGGGCAAUCAUCAGGAACGAGGCGCAGCGACAACAUCGGCGCCUUCCUAGAAGCCAAUGUCCUAGCAAUAGUGACUCAUUUUACAAUCUUGCUUAACGAUCUCGAGGCAAAAGAAUCAAAGCUCGAGAAACGACGGUGUCUCGCUGCACUCGGCGAGAUUGUCAAGCUUGGAAGGUCCAGAGUCACACGUGCACUUCCCCAAAUCUGUGCUUGUCUUCGAUCGGGUCUUGACGAUCCAGAUCUAUGCAACGCUGCCUUCAACUCUUGGGUCGUCAUGAUCAAAUCAUUGAAGCGGGACGAUAUCGAACCUCUGAUUGAUCAGACAUUAGCCAUCAUCGUUCAAACGUGGGAGGUACUGGACACCACGUCACAACAGAAAGCAUACGAUACUGUGGAGGAUUUGCUCAAGAACCACGCAGACAUGGUACGCGACAACUUCAGCACCAUGCCAUCUCUAGCGAGUAUCCCUAUGAUGGCCAAGUUUGAUCAUGAGAUUGGUUCACUGAAGCGCCAGAUGGAUGAGAGGCAUCAAGUCAUUGCAUAUACGAAACGGGUGCAAGAUGAGAAUGAGUCUGUCGUCGAACAAGCCUUAGCUGAAUUAUCUCCUCUUCUCAAAGCAAAGCAAGAUCUGUUACAACGAUCGAUUCUUCAAGAACAGCCAGAUGAGUUCGUUGCAAAUCUCACUCGAGCCAUUUUAGACGCCGCAGUCAAAUUCAAUUCGAACAAUCAAGUCACAAGGCUGUGUGGAGAGUGCCUCGGCAGUAUUGGCUGUCUCGACUCGAGUAAGAUUGAAAGUACAAAGGAAAGGAAAAAUAUGGUAGUAUUAUCCAACUUCACCAAGGCUGAUGAAGUUAUACAAUGGGUUUUUCUCUUCUUGGAGAAUGUGCUGGUCAAGUGUUUUCUGUCUGCCAACACGACAAGGGCACAAGGCUUUCUAGGCUGGGCUAUGCAAGAAUAUCUCAAGUCCUGUGAGCAAGACGACCCUCCCGAAUCACGUGCCGGCAAUCUUGCAACGAAACUUUGGGAGGAACUCCCCGAGACUGUUCAAAACAUCUUGACGCCUUUCACCAAUUCGAAGUACCUCGUGGCCGAAGUGCGGGCCCCCGAGAAAGGACAAUAUCCCUACUUCAAGCCUGGGAUGCGGCAUCGUGAGUGGUUGCGCGCGGUUACGCUCGACUUCCUCCACCGUGGGCCGGGUGAUAAUGUUGAGUUGGUCUUUGGCAUCUCAUGCAGGAUCAUCCAUGGCCAGGACACUGCAAUCCCUGCUUUCUUAAUUCCAUAUGCAGCUGUCAAUUUGAUAGUGAGCGGCAUAGAAAGUGACAGCCGUGAUAUUAUCGAAGAGAUCAACAACAUCCUCAAACAGCCGUUGGAUGGUCAGGAGCGUCGUGUCCAGGAUGAUAUCAAGUUGUGCAGCCAAACAGUGUUCGAGAUUCUCGACUACAUGUCUGCAUGGCAUCAACAAAAGCGCAAGCAAUAUGCACUCAGUCUGUCAAGAUCCGAACGUGGACUGAAUGACCCUUCUCUUGGCAGUACUGCAGGACAGAUCCGGAGCAUUGAACGUGUACUUGAGGAAAUACCUCCUGAUGUACUAGCUCGUCGAGCAUUAGAGUGCAGAUCCUAUGCCAGGGCCUUGUUUCACUGGGAGCAACAUAUUCGCAAAUCGCAGUCGGAAAAUUUCGAGACCGAGCUCCAACGACUGCAAGACAUCUACGCCCAGAUCGACGAACCUGAUGGCAUUGAAGGAAUCUCGUCGCGAAUGCACGUCCUCGAUGUCGAGCAACAAGUUCUAGAACACCGGAAAGCUGGCCGUUGGACAGCGGCGCAGAGUUGGUACGAGAUGCAACUGGUCACUAAUCCCGAUGAUGUUGAUGCAAAAAAGAAUCUCAUGGACUGUCUCAAAGCUUCUGGGCAAUACGAUGUCCUGCUUCAUCAUUUCGAUGGUAUCCAAGGCCAGGGAAAUAUUCCUACACCACUUGCACCAUACGCUAUGGAGGCUGCGUGGGGAACUAGUCGGUGGGACAGGCUUGCUGCUUGUAUUCCAAAAACCGGAGGAUAUGACUUCACGUCCCAUAUUGCAGAGGUCAUGUUAGCGGUCAACAAACACGACGAGACAACCGCAAUUCAACUCCUCGAGGAACUGUACCGGACGACAACAUCAGAACUAACACCAGCAUCAAUUGUGUCAUUCCAGGCCGGACAUGAUACUUUACUCAGGCUGCACGUUCUGAACGACAUCCAUCUCAUGACUGCAAGCCCCAAAGAAGAUCGUGUCAACGUUUUGAGAAAUCUUAAUGCAAGACUCGAUGUGCUCGGCUCCAACGUUGCAGACAAACAGUACCUACUGGGCAUACGUCGUGCAAUCAUGUCACUAAGGACUGACAUGUUUGGUUCCAAUGACGUGGCGAGCGCAUGGCUUGCCAGUGCACGAUUAGCACGCAAAGCACGCUCUAUGACCCAGGCUUUCAACGCAGUCUUGAAAGCUUCAGCACUCGGGGACAAGUCAGCGGCGAUUGAGCAUGCGAAGCUCAUGUGGCUAGAAGGCCAUCAUCGGAAAGCUAUCCAAACAUUAGAAGGAGCCAUUGAAUCAGGCGCUUUUAUUGCCCAUGAUUAUGUCGCUGACGAUGGGGCGGUCACAAUGACCGUGGAGCAACGCCACAAUCAAAACGAAGUCACCGCUAAAGCCCACGUCUUGCUCGGGAAGUGGUUAGAUCAGGCUGGCCAAACACAAUCCGAGGUGAUUAGGAAGAUUUUCAGAAAGGCCACUGAAAGCUUCCGAAGGUGGGAGAAAGGCUGGUACCAUCUAGGACGCUAUUACAACAAAAUCCUGGAUUCAGAAAAAGCCAUGCCACCAGGCAAGGAAAGCCAGACAUUCCUCACAGGCGAAACUACUAAACUCGUCGUUGAAAACUACCUUCGAUCUCUGCUACACGGCAGCAAGUACGUCUUUCAGACACUGCCCAAGAUCUUGACUCUCUGGCUCGAACUUGUAGACGGAGCAGACGUUCAAGUUGACCCAAGACGUGGCAAUCCUCAAUUCCAUGCUCACAAUGCAGCCCAGCGGAAACGCAUCAUCGAAGAGACCAACAACCAGAUCAAGAAGUAUGUGGAGAGACUUCAGCCAGUAUUAUUGUACACGAUAUUGCCGCAGGUGAUUGCUCGAAUAUGCCAUCAGAACAAAGUCGUCUCCGAUGUCUUGGGAAAUAUCGUCACCAAGGUUGUCAGGGCAUUCCCCCAACAAGCCUUCUGGCCCUUACUUGCCGUAGUUGAAGCCAAGCAAAAAGAACGUGCAUCGAAAGGCUUGGAACUCGUCAGAAAAAUCGUUGAACUCCAAAAGAAAACAUCCAGGGAUGCGUCUGCGGCGGCAGAGCUCCGAAAUAUGUUUACAAGUGGGCAGAAGUUUAGCAAGGAGCUCCUUCGAGUGUCUGAGUACCCCAUUGAGACGAAAGUACCUCGAGUGAGCUUAUCGAGAGACUUGGGUUUCAACCACAAGAUUGCACCGUCAAAGUUGGUGGUACCAAACCAAGCAUGUCUUGUACCGAGCAUGCCAACAAGCUUCGAACCAGCGCAGAUUAAAGCAUUCCGGCCCUUUGCGAAAGAUCCUGUCACCAUCUCGGCAUUCAUCGAUGAGGCAUUGGUACUAGCAUCGCUACAGAAACCCCGAAGACUCACGAUUCGCGGAUCUGACGGAAACAUAUACAACGUGCUAGCAAAACCGAAGGACGAUCUUCGAAAAGACCAACGGCUGAUGGAAUUUAACACUAUGAUCAACCGCUUUCUCAAACGCGACGUCGAAGCGGCGAAGCGUCGGCUAUAUAUCCGAACAUAUGCAGUCAUUCCACUCAACGAAGAAUGCGGGUUGAUCGAGUGGGUGGACAACCUCAAAACAUUCCGAGAAAUCCUCCUCAAACUCUACAAAGACAAGUCAAUCUCGCCCAACUACAUGGAGAUCCGCAAUAUACUCGAUGAGGCAUGCUCAGGAGAUCCGGAAAAAAUCAAACUCUUCCCCAACAAAAUCCUCAAGAUGUUUCCACCAGUAUUCCACGAAUGGUUCGUAGAGUCAUUCCCCGAUCCAUCGGCAUGGUUCAACGCACGGUUACGAUACACACGAUCAGCAGCCGUCAUGUCGAUCGUCGGACACGUCCUUGGUCUGGGAGAUCGACAUGGCGAGAACAUAUUGUUCGAAGAAGACAACGGAGGAACGCUACACGUUGAUUUCAACUGUCUAUUCGACAAAGGCCUGACGUUUGAAAAACCCGAGAUGGUUCCCUUCCGACUCACACACAACAUGGUAGACGCAAUGGGUGUGUAUGGAUAUGAAGGUCCUUUCCGCCGCAGCAGCGAAAUCACAUUGGGUUUGUUGAGGAGUAAUGAGGAUGCGUUGAUGACGAUCCUGGAGACUUUCCUCCACGACCCUACGACAGAUUUCAUCAAUGCUGGCAAUCGCAAGAAGAAGGUCGUGAAUGGUGUGCCGAAUACUCCUGUUGAGGUUUUGGAUGGUGUCAGGAGUAAAGUUAGAGGUAUGUUGGCAGGUGAGAGCGUGCCGUUGAGUGUUGGUGGAUAUGUCGAAGAGAUGAUUCAUCGUGCUACCGAUCAUGUGAAUCUCUCGAGGAUGUAUAUAGGCUGGUGUGCGUUCUUUUGAUGGGGUGCGUAACGAAAGGUCGGUUGUUUUGGCAUGAUGAGAUAGUUAUGACAAUGACAAUGUGUGGCCUGGUCGUCCAGACGAUUAUU